GAGGGGACGCACACGGAGGUGGCCGUGGUGGGCGGCUGGCGAUGCAGCGGGGAAGGAGUGGCGCUGAAGUGGUGCAUCUCCGUGGCGCUGUGCGCAGCUUUCCUGGGGCUGGGGAUGAGCAUCGCCGUGCUGGGUCCCACUUUCCCGAACCUGGCCGCCAAUGUCCGUAAGAACGUCAGUGACAUCUACUACAUCUUCGUGGGUAGGUCGCUGGGCUCCCUGGGCGGGUCGGUGGUCGGCGGGGUGCUCUUCGACUGCAUGAACCCCCACCUCCUCUUGGCAUUAUCCAUGUUUGGAACAACAGUUGGGCUCUAUGGGAUACCAUGGUGUACCAAAUCCCUGCUGUUAACAGCCUUGAUGUCAGUUAUUGGAGGUGCCAUGGGAAUUCUAGACACAGGUGGCAAUGUACUAGCACUGAACACCUGGGGGGCAGAGGCUGGGCCACACAUGCAGGCCUUACACUUCAGUUUUGCUGUCGGUGCGUUUGUGGCUCCAGUCCUGGCUAAAAUGGCUUUGGGAGGCCCUGAACCUAAAGACCUUCCAGUAGUUGAAAAGACAAACCAGUCUGUGCUGGCGACUGUGCAGAAAGCACUGAAACAAUAUUUUGGUGCAGAUUUCUUGUGGUCCUAUGUUGUCAUAGGGACCUAUCUUUUGUUUGUUUCGAUUUUCUUUUUUAUUUUGUGUUCAAAGAGCAUCUCAGCUCGAGAAAAAGCAAAGGCUUCUCUGCAAGAAGGCGUGCUUGCCAAAUACCACUCUGCCCUUAUUGCUCUCCUGUUCCUCUUCUUCUUCUGCUACGUGGGAGCGGAGGUCACUUACGGCUCUUACUUAUUCACCUAUGCAAAGGCCUUUGCUGAGAUGGAGGAAAACGAAGCAGCAGCUUUGAAUUCUGUCUUCUGGGGCGCGUUUGCUGCUUGCAGAGGAGUGGCCAUCUUCUGUGCUGCUUGCUUGUACCCCGGCACCAUGAUCGUGCUGAGCCUCAUAGGCUCUGCCGUCUCCUCUUUCUGCUUGGCCUUCUUUGCGAGGUACCCCAUGUCGCUGUGGGUCGGAACCGCCGUGUACGGAGCGUCGAUGGCUACUGUCUUUCCCAGCGGCAUUUCCUGGAUAGAGCAGUACACAGUUGUGCAAGGGAAAUCGGCUUCUCUCUUUGUGAUCGGCGCGGCGCUGGGCGAGAUGUGCAUCCCUGCUCUGGUGGGGUAUCUGCAAGGCAGAUUCCACCGUGUUCCCGUGGUCAUGUACGCUGCCUUGGUGACUUCCAUAGUGACGGUUCUGCUCUUCCCUCUGAUGUACAAACUGGCCCAGUAUCCCCGUGAGAGCAACUUGAAAGAAAUGAGGGACAUUGAGCACCGGAAAGCUUUGUUGUCAAAUUCGGGGCUUACCGAGGAUGAAGAGGAUGAGGAGGAUGUGGAAGAGUGGAACGAAGCAGACUUUGAGGUAAUAGAAAUGAAUGACAGGCUGGGAAACUCUGUGAUAGAGACUUCCUGUAAGGUAUCAGGGGACUCUCCAGACAAAGUUGCUCUCCAGCCGCACCCGGACGAUGUAUCGUGCAAUUCUCCACUGGUUGCUGGUGAAUCCCUUGGGAGAAAAAAUGGGCAUGUAGUCUGGGAGAAGAAUGAUGAAAGUAAAAGCUGACUUUCUUCUUUUUCCAAAAAAUGCAGUGGAAUUGUAGCUGGUCUUGUCAAGUGGUUUAAGAAUCCUUUUAUGAUGGGGCAGAGCUAAACACCUUCGUUUUGGUAUGUCUGACCCUUUCUCUUUCAUUUUCAUGAUGUGAUGCAACACAUGGAGAGUGCACUGUGACAUGAAUGGGUUAAUGUGAAAAAAUGUACAGAGCAUGAGAUGUUUCCUAAAUGGGGGCAUCUGUUAAAGUAACAGGGGACUGCU